CUGUCACUUAAAAAAAUAAGACGCUUAGGUUUGACGCCAUCUUUUAUUUCAAAGUUUAUCACGACUUAUCAAUUAUCUCGGCUUUUAACAACCAACGAGCCUAAAUUGAUAAAUCCCAAAUAAAAAAUAUCGUUUACGUGUCUAUAAAUUAGUGAGAUAUCAAAAUGAGUCGUGGUCGUUCAGCAACCACUACGAAAGUCUUCGUAGGCAGUUUGCCUCCUGACGUUUCUCCAGACGAUUUAAAGAAACUUUUUAAUCCUUACGGACCCAUCGCAGAAUGCGACAUUGCAAACCGAUGUGGCUUUCUUCAUUUGGAAGAUCAAACUUUGGCGGAAAAAGCGAUAACAGAACUCAAUGGGGUAGAGUUUAUGGGUGGGAAAAUUUCAGUGGAAAAAGGCCGUGUGAAGCCCCGUAGAAGUGGCGGCGGUGGCGGAGGAGGAGGCGGUGGUGGUCCUAGAGGUGGAAGAGAUCGAGGGGGGCCCUACUCCAGAGGAGGCGGCGAUUUUCGUGGCAGGAACGGCGGAGGAUUCGGAGGUGGCGGUCGCGACUUUGCUCCUUACAGGGGCGGCGGGGGAUUCGAACGUCGCGGCGGCGGUUUUGGUGGUGGCGGCGGCGGAGGAGAUAGGGGUGGUUACGACGACAGGCGAGGCGCUUCGAUGGGAGGUUACGAGGAUAGAAGGGGCGGUGGGGGUUAUGACAGAAGAGGCGGCGGUCUAGGAGGUGGUUACGAUCGCGGCACUUCCGGAGGAUAUGAAGACAGAAAUAGCUAUGGAGGCGGUGGUGGUGGUGGCGCCGGCGGAUAUGGAGGUGGUGGCUAUGAUAGAGGAGCAGGCGGUGGCGGCGGCGGCGGUUAUGAUAGGGGCGGUUAUGAUAGACCUGCCAUGGGAGGAUACGAAGACAGACGGGCUGGAAUGGGCGGUGGUGCUGGCGGCGAUCUGUAUAGUCGCCGGGACGGAGGUGGAGCGCCAAAACAAAGUUACGGGGGCGGAAGCAAUGGUUACGGCAACGCUGCCUCGUACGGAGGCGGUGCCGGUUACGGCGCCCAAGCAGGAAGUUACAGCACUGGCGGCGGGGCUUAUGACGCCGCGGCAGCUGGAGGCGGUUACGGAGCUGGUGCCGGCGGUGGAUAUGGCGCGUCCCAAGCCGGAGGAUAUCAAGAUCGAGGAAGUUACGGUGGAGGAAAUAGCGGUGCAGCGGGAUAUGGUGAUUCGUACGCUGCAGCUUCUGGUGGUGGUGCGCCUGUCGCCAGAAGUGGUUACGAUUCUGCGUAUCCUCCGUUGCCGCAACAAAGAGGUUUUGACGGUGCGCCAGCCCCAAGAAGAGACGGACCACCCAGAUAUUAGGCCCUAGGUCGGCAAUUUGUGAUAACCUCGUGCAAAUUAAAUAUAUCGUCUGUACAAAUGCGUUUUGAGUAAUCACAAUUUUUCUAUAAUUCUAAAGGAUUUUUUAGCUUUUCUUGUGUAGGAAUUUAGCUUCUCCCAGACAUCGAUUGAUUAAAUUUUUCAUGUGCUGUUUUCUGAUAUAUGAUUUUGCAACUGGAAAGAGUUUGAAAUAGAGUCUUGGAUAUUUUAUUUUUUAAAUUUUGACAUAUCGUUGAACUUAUAAGAAUCUAGUUCGUUUAUAUUAAUAUUCGUCUGUAUUAUUUGUAGUUUUUCUCACUUUAAAAUGAAGUAAAAUUAUGUACUUGUUUGUAUAAUUAAUUUCGACCUAUCCAUAACUUCUCGAAAACUACAAGUAAGUGUAUGAUAUCUUCAGUGACUUAUAUUUUUUUCUUCAUAUUUAAUCUAAUUCUACACUUAAAGAUGAAGGUCUAUACAUCUGAAGUUGAUAAAGAACUAUGUUAUUGACCACAUGCAUUAUGGAAUCUUGACUUAUUUAUUGUCUUGAUAAAAGAUACCAAGCACUGGGUCCCAACCCUCAUUACAAUGUUUCAAAUAUUUUUUGAAUUAAAAAUGGUCCAUAUUGUAAAAGUUAGUUGGCAAUCAUCUUAUCAGCCAUUGAAAAAAUGGUCUCACUUCUGCUGUAAAGUAUUUUUUUUUUAGUUUUUUUGAUAUGAAAAUUAAAAUUGAUGGAUUUAUUAUGGUUUAAGUCAAAAUACAGUAAAAAAAAUGCACUGUUUUUGCUUUAUCGUUAGGAAAAAAAAGUUCCAAACAAAAGCUUAAGAUUACUUACAAAAAAGGUCUAGUUACAUUUUAAUAUAAAACUUGCAAUAUUUCUAAGGAGGGUCAAACCAUGUGAAAUUUUCGGUAUUAUAAGCACUUUACACAUUACCAAUUCAACAAACAAACUUCUUAAAAUUGUGAAAAUUAUUAGAAAUUUUAACUUAAUAGAUUUAUCUUAUUAUUCGUUCUAAGAACUCCUGUAUCAUCCAAGAAUAGGGACAAUUUUAACAGAGAACUUGCAAAAGGUUUUCUUUCAAAUGUAUUUACAUAUUACCUCUUCCACUUUGACAUUCUUCUGCUGUUAAUUCUGCAUCAGUUUUUCAUCAUUUUAAAUUCCUCGAAUUACAUUUAAAUUUGCAAAUUCUGAAGUACUCAAUGUUAUUUAAUUUUCUUAUCCAUUCUCUCCAUGUUAUAUAUUUUAUAAUUCUUUAGGAAUUCUUCAAUAUUCCUAAAAAGUAAGUCCCUAGAACCAUCAAAGGGGACAAAAAUCCAAGAUUGAUAUGAAAAUGGCUUUUUAUGCAGUGCAUUUUGACCUAAACCGUAAUAAAACGAUCAUUUUUUAUUUUCAAGUCAUCAUAUUUUUAAUUCACGCAAAAAACUAAAAAAAAAAAAAAAAAAAAAAAUACACAUCCUGCUCAACUUUACCUCAGACAUUAGACUAUUUACUCUAGAAAUCGGGUACUAGCUCAUGAAGUAAAUUUAAUAUCUGCAAGACACGUAGAAAGUUCAUAGCUUAUAUCAACCGACUGAGAUUUGCAUUACCGUAUACGCCAAAUGAUACGUAAUACGCCAAAUGUCACGUAAUACGCCAAAUGGUACUUAAUACGCUAAAUGAAACGUAAUACGCCAAAUGUCACGUAAUACGCCAAAUGACACGUAAUACGCCAAAUGUCACGUAAUACGCCAAAUGACACGUAAUAUGCCAAAUGUAAUGUAAUACGCCAGAAAGGCACGUAAUAACGUCAAAUGACACUUAAGACGCCAAAUGACACGUAAACGUCAAUUUCCUCAUCGAAUGUUAAAUUCUACGUAAAAAUGUAAAAAAUCACGUAAAAGUAUGUCGAACGUCACGGAAAUACGUCAAAUGUCACGUAAAUACCUGUCAUGUGUCAAGACACAAAACUUGUCCAAUGUUCGGUACUGCAAAUCUUGGGCAAUACCUUUUUAAUAUCGAUCACUGAAGUAAAUAAAUUUUGAACAUUAACUCCCGAACAAAAUAAACGUUAGUCAAAGAUAGAUCAGAAAAACAUGAUCAGCAUUUUGGAGACUUAAUAAUAAAGUAGAAACUUUUUACGGGCGCUGUAAUUUGUAUUAAAAUGGUAUUUUGAAGUUGAAAGCUUUUUACAUGCCAUUAUGUGUGUCGCUUGUAAAAUAUUGGUUUGAAACGCACCUACAAGUUUUGUUUUUUCAUGAUUUUCGAUUUUCAGCUCUCUCUAGUGACGAUACCGUUGAUUAAUUUGAGUUACUUCCACCAAGACAAUAUUAUCGAUCAGAAACUUGACGGGGGAGCCAUUUUCCUAUGCGGGAGCGUAAGAUCCUUUGAUUUUUUUUUUUUAAUUUUAAAAUGGUGAAGAAUAGAUUUACGUCUUAUUUAAUAUUUAGUUGUCAUGCGUCUGAAAAU